AUGUACGAUGUCUGCCACAGCGCGUGGGCGGACGGCGCGAUCCGGCGAUUACAUCCAGUGUCCGCUGCGACGAAACAUGACGUUCUACAGCGUCUAAGACUGGCAUUAGGAGCUGAUGGUCUAGAUGAGGCUGUUUGUGCAGUUUGCGAUCGAAUCACACUCCGCAAGUCGAUUCACUUGAUUGAUAUCGCCGAUGAAGACCGCAUUCAUGAAAUCCGUUCGCUGCUUACGAGUUCCAAUGAAGAUUUACCCGUUGAGCUGGUCGCGGAAUACGAUUGUUCCACAAUGUUUUUGUCCUUGCACGAUAUGCUGCUAUCUAAGGGUGGAAUUCACGGGGCUGGGUAUUUGCAAGUCUGUGAAGAGUGCAAUGGUAGUCUAAUCAAAAUGACAAUCCCGAAGUUUUCCAUCAAGAACGGGUUCUAUGUAGGCACGCUGCCAACCCGCUUCGUGGAUAUGACGCUUCCCGAGCGAUUCAUGACACAAACAGUGUCUAUCGUCGCGGUCACACGCGUAAUGCGAGGCGGUGCUCACCGUGCGAUUCGUUCACAUUGCUUGGCAUUCGAUUCUACGCCGGGUCCACCCGCGACGCUGCUGCCGAUUCCCGUGGCUAAUAUUACGUGCUAUCGUGUCGUGUUGGCCGGGCCGUUCACGACCGAGCAACAGGCGUGCGUCCGUCAGAUGCACCGCGUGCGCAGGCAGGUUGUUGACGACGUACUGGGUUUCUACCAGCAGCACAAUGUCUUCUACGAACACGUUGACAUCGACUUCUCAGGGGCCACAAACGACAUCAUCGCAGAUAACUUCAUCGUCGAAGAUGCUGAUGCUAAUGUGGAAGCUACGGAGAUAGACGCCGAUCACGGCCGGGUGGGCAACGUGUCGGAGAACGAUGUGUCAGCUCGCGAGACCGAUUUCGUUGAGCGUCGAGUUGUGUUCAUUUCGGACGAUCGAGAGGUUAGCGCGCAGGGCGCCUCUGUUGCCGCCGAGCACCCGACGCUGACCACAUCGCAACCGCAAUUUCUCGUUCGUCAUUCAAGUCAAUUUGCCCACCACGAUAACGCGCUCUUUGCGCGUAUGUUUCCCCACUUGUUUCCUUAUGGCCGAGGCCAUCCGGGCGAACACCGUCAUGUACCUGUAUCAGUCGAGGCAUGUAUACGACAUUACAGCAUGCUGAGCUCGAGGCGUUUCGCCGAAGAUGAACUGUUCACGCUCGCAAGUUUCGACUACCUAUCCGUCCAGAAAAUGUAUACCCAUGUAGCCCUUAAGUGUCGACGGGAUACUGCUGUAUUUGAACGCUACAGCGAUAUCACCGAAGAAGCGCUAAUGCAAGCGCUAACUGAAAAAGAGAUGCAGCGCCAGGGACGCACAACGCAUGCACGAGGACACGGUUCCAGCACGACCGACUUUCUUCGAACGGUCGAGUUGAGCGGUAGUGCAAUGUGGGGUAGCGACGGUGAGCGCGCUCAAUGUCGACGACGGGCAUUCGCCUACCAAGCACGAUUUGGACUGCCAGCACUGUUUGUUACGCUGACACCAAAUGUUGCUGAAUCGUUUGUGAUGGCGCAGUACUGUGGUAUUACGUCUGUCGAUACACUGUUUGAUGCCGCGUUAAGUGAGCCACCUGGACGAUCGGCUCUCCACAGCGCGAGCAUGCGCAAUGACGUUGCUUCUGCUCGACUAUUCGUGCGAAACGUCGACGCCUUCAUUGAGCACGUGCUCGGCAUACCGGUUAACCGCAUGAAAACGAAGCCGUUCGACGGUCUUUUUGGAGACGUGAAAGCGUAUUUCGGCAUGGUCGAGACCCAAGGCGGUGGAACCUUGCACGCUCACUUCUUGAUAUGGUUAGCCGACGUGCCACCAAAUACCAACGCAUUUGACCAAACAUUAGCUGUCCACGGCGAUCAAUAUUUUCGAGACAUCGAGGCAUUCGCAGACAGCAUCGUGACGACAUCGAUGCCGCUGUGUAUUAAAGAAUCGUCUUGUGUAUUCUGUGGACAUUCAUACGCCGACCUGCAGGAACUGCCGAUCCCGACCGAGGCCUAUGAAGACCCUCAGAAAAUAUACCGCGAGCAUAGUCGUCAUUGCGGCGAGCCGAUGCUUGUGAAAUGCUCGGGCUGCGCCACGGCGCUCAGUUCCCAACACGUUAUUCGUCGCCUUUUGUUGGACCAUCGACCACCAUCAUGGCCGCCCCCCAUGCGUCCAUACUCGUUCGGCGAGCUGGCAGCAGCCGUGCGAAUGGAGACACCGUGUCGUGGAAGUGCUGCGGCUGCGAAGUCCGCGGUCUAUCGCCGCGACUUGCAUUUUUUCGAGGUGCAAAAGGACACAGACGGUGACGGCACCAACGACGAUACCGACACGUACGGCAAGUUCCUACGAGGUUUGAAUCGUGCUCCAAGUCGACGUGAGCGACGCGUGGACGAUGCUUUUCAAGGCGAUCCCGUCGGUAGAGCUCUCGUAUUGUUGCCUCCGUCGGUUGACGAUGAGCGACUUGCAACUCGUGCUCUUGCCUUCGCGGUAUCACUACUUGUCUUCAUGCUAAAUCUGCACUGGUGGUCCCACGUAGGGAGCUGUUUUAAAAAGAGUCGCUCUGCAUUAUCCGGACGAUGUCGCUAUGGUUAUCCACGCCCUCGCGCUGAACGAACAUGUUGCUCGAGUGACGGUGUGACGCUCGCGCGACGAGCCCCGUUCGAGUACGUUAAUGGCUUUAACAACGAGAUGAUGCUGGCGUUCAAGUCGAAUCACGACAUUCAAGUAAUGAUCGGAGGGCUCAACGCGCUGAUGCGCAUAUACUACGCAACAAAGUACGUGACGAAGAUGCAAGAGCACGUCGACUCGAUCACGGCGGUUGCUCUCGCCGCGUUUCAACGGCGUCGGCUACGUGAAGCGCGUAAUGAAGAUACCACUGCUGUUGAACGAACUGCAACCGGACGCAAACGCGUUUCAUCGCUGUUAUUUGCAAUCACAAACCGGCGUGAGAUCGCCGGACCGCUUACCGCCCUCUACGUGCUUCGAGGUUCAUGCUCGUUCAUGAGCACUCCGUGUGCAACACUUCCUCUUCGAGCUGUGCUCGAUGAGCUCGUCGAUCAAUCUGCGCAUGUGUGUGAUCUCCUCGAGUUACGCGAGCACGACUCGAACAUCACCUUCCGCGCGGCGUCGAUCCUAGAUGACUACAUGUUUCGGCCAUCGCCGCUGAACCACUUCAACCUGUACGAGUACGUAGCCAAGCAUUUCCGUCGUAAGCGGACGCAAUCGUCUUCAGAGCAUGUGCUGUUCCUACCGGACCACCCACUGUUUGACACCCACUGCGUCGGUACACACGUUGAUGAGGUUGUUCCUAACGUCGUUGGCUUUCGCAUGCCAUAUGUGGAUCGCGAUUCACCUCACGAGCUCGUUGUAAAGCGAAGUCAAUGUGCUCUCGUGUUGUUCAAGUCAUUCCGUACCGUGUCAGACCUGGUGACCGAUCCAACCAACGGCGCAUGCUGGAUCGACGCGUUUUCGCAGUGGGAGCCCACGCGGUCGAAGUUUACUUGCGAGGUUAUGGCUAACAUGGACGAUUACCACAGAGCAGCAAAGCAGGCGAAAGAGUGUGCCGAAGCUUGUGUCGAUGGCGUCAACGGACGGACCGACAGCGAUGCUGAAAGUGAUGACGACGAAAUUAUCGGGACACAAGGCGAUGUUGAUGCUGCACUUGACCGCGCAGCCGAAUCCGCAUCGGCAAAUCCUGUUAUCGAUACGUUUGACCAUUUUUUCGAUGCCUGCAAUCACGAUUGUAAAAAUGACGAUACCACCAUGGACGAAAACACUGAUGAGUCGAGUCUGCCGGUUUUCCCAAGCUCAAGGCAGAAUGGCGACUAUUCUCAUUUGUUGAAUGUGGUGGCGAACAGUACGGCUGGUACGGCCGCAAAUUUGUGUAGUCAUAAUUCAGUUCCCAACUUCUCCGUCGACGAGCUCCAGCGAUUUGUAAAGGACACUUCAAAAGACGAGGCCGAACCGCAGAGGUCGGAGCAAUACCUCAACGAGCGGCCCACAGAAGUCAUCGAACUCCUUAAGAACGCAUUAGAAUCAGGACAUGAGUGGUCGCCACUGACUCAGCCGAACAGUGGCCCACGUAUGAUCCGGUCCUAUUCGUCAAUUGAUGAAGUGUCACGAGCAUUCACACUCAACCAGCGGCAGCACGCGGCAUUUGCGCUCAUCACGACCGCGUUACUACGGCGCUUUCUCCAGCAAGAGAUCAACGGUCUGCAAACCAAUGACAACGGCGGCGACUAUUGUUCCGGUAUCUUCGAAAACCACUUUCACGACUCCCAGCUGCUGAUGUUCCUCGGCGGCGCCGGUGGCACCGGCAAGAGCCGCGUGAUCAACGCAGUUGACGCGUUCUGCGAGAGCUGGCACCGUAGUGACACCGUUGUCAAGACGGCUCUAACGGGCAAGGCUGCAACACUGAUCGGUGGACGCACACUCGCGAGCUUCAUGAUGCGCUUGAAGCACGCCAUUCGCGAAAAGCACUUCGGGCCGCUCGACCUGCUCGUUAUCGACGAGAUUUCAAUGAUGAAGAAAACCGAGUGGCUGCGGCUGGACAAGUUGCUGCGCUGCUACAAGCGGGUGCCCGACGUGCCGUUUGGUGGUGUGCACAUAGUGCUAGUUGGUGAUUUCCUCCAGAUGCCGCCCGUGAAGGCCGACCCCAUCUACCUUGACCCUGCUGUAAAACGAAAGCCGACAACUGUCGACGUUGAAGGAUUCGACCUGUGGCGGAAAUUCACCACCGUUGUAGUACUCGAAGAAUCAGUGCGCUUCCGGAGCGACCCCGAGUGGGGCGACGGCUGCCGCCUCGCGCGGCUCGGUAACUGGACGCCAGCAUUCGUCAAACUCAUCAAUAGUCGAGUAGUCGCGCAGCCCAACGAGCACCACGCUGCUGCUGCUGCUGCUGCACCAGCGGCAGUAGCAAGGGGCGACGAUGUCGGCGCCCAUGUUGUAUUCGUGACGCCCGAGAACGCCACAAGACUGGCUGUAAACAACGCGUUCGUUGCGCAAACGGCAGCCAUGCUACCCACCGAUUCUUUCCCUGUGCGCGUUUUCGCUAACUUUAAUGGCGCGCUCAACGGACUCAGCAACAGCGACAUCAAGUACGUCUUCAGCCUCCCCGACAACCGCUUCGGACGCAUGGCGCCCUACUUGGACCUUAUCCUCGGCAUGCCCGUGCAAGUUACCCAGAACGUCGCAACCGCCAAGGGUGUCGCAAACGGCACGUUGGGCACCCUUGAGUCCGUGCAUUUUCCGCCGGACACGUUGUUCCGACUCGUGCGCGACGGUGGCACAAACACCAUUGUACAGCUACCGAGCCGAUCACCAGAUUACGCCGUGCUUCGCUUGCCACAGCGGCCGCACGCCGUGGCGAUCCGACCGGGUCUCGACCCUGAUCUCUUCCCAGUGUUCUUCGCCACCGAAGCGUUUCAGAAAGCAACGAUCACGCUGCCGAAAGCACCAGACGGCUGUCCGCGUGCAAUCACGGUCAAACCGCAACAACUGCCGUUUGUCUGUGCAGUGGGCUCCACCGUGUACAAAGUGCAGGGAGAGACGCUGCAGUCAAUGGUCGUCAUGAACUGGCGAUCCAAGCAGCGGGUCGUCAAUAAACCGCAACAAACCUAUCUGCUAGUGUCUCGAGUGACGUCGAGAAACGCACUCGUUGCAUUGGCACCAUUCACAGACGAGCUUGCAGCCUGGUCGAAGCCACCUACAACCGCAAUCAAUGAAGAAGUACGGCUCAACCACCUCAGUGACGCGACCUUAGCAACAUUCCAGUCGUCACUGGUAGCCAAAAACAGCCACUACAACCGCUAA